CUCAAGAAAAAGUGGCAGGUUUUGCCUAAAAAACUCGUCUUUUAACUCAAAAACUCUCUCUUUGCUCCUUUUCAUGCGAGUAAUUCAUCAUUUCUUUCAUCUUUCUUUUUCUCUCUCUUUCCCUUCCCCCCUCCUCUCUCUCUCUCUCUCUCUCUCUCCAAAAAGGCUACAGAAAAGUUGUUUUUAUUUAUUUAUAUUUGUAUGAAAAAACCACAAAUUUUCCCCUCAUUUCUUGCCCAGUUUACAACGAGAAAUCUUUGUUUUAACAAGGAAAAGGAAGAAAAUAAAGGAUAACAUAAACACAAAAUAAAUUUAUUCCUUUUUUAUUACAAUUUUUAAUCUUUUGAGUAUGAAUGGUCUUUUACAUCUUGAAGAACCAGAUUGUUCUGAGUUUGUUGAAGUUGAUCCAACUGGAAGAUAUGGCAGAUACAAUGAAAUCCUUGGAAAAGGAGCUUCAAAGACAGUUUAUAGAGCAUUUGAUGAGUAUGAAGGGAUUGAAGUUGCUUGGAACCAAGUCAAACUUUAUGAUUUUCUUCAAAGCCCUGAAGAUCUUGAAAGACUGUAUUGUGAGAUUCAUCUCCUUAAGACAUUGAAGCACAAGAAUAUUAUGAAGUUCUAUACUUCUUGGGUUGACACCGCCAAUAGGAACAUUAAUUUUGUCACUGAAAUGUUCACUUCUGGAACUUUAAGACAGUAUAGGCUAAAGCAUAAGAGAGUGAACAUUAGAGCAGUGAAGCAUUGGUGUAGGCAGAUCUUGAGAGGCCUUCUUUAUCUCCAUAGCCAUGAUCCCCCUGUGAUUCAUAGAGAUCUUAAAUGUGACAAUAUUUUUGUCAAUGGCAACCAAGGAGAAGUUAAGAUCGGCGAUCUCGGCCUUGCUGCGAUUCUCCGCAAAUCUCAUGCUGCUCAUUGUGUUGGAACACCAGAGUUUAUGGCUCCAGAGGUUUACGAAGAAGCCUACAAUGAAUUAGUUGACAUUUAUUCGUUCGGAAUGUGCAUUUUAGAAAUGGUUACUUUCGAGUAUCCUUAUAGCGAAUGCACCCAUCCGGCUCAAAUCUACAAGAAAGUUAUCUCUGGUAGAAAACCAGAUGCUUUGUAUAAAGUUAAGGAUCCGGAAGUCCGACAAUUUGUUGAGAAAUGUUUGGCAACUGUGUCUUUGAGGCUAUCUGCGAGAGAGUUGUUAAAUGACCCUUUUCUACAGUUUGAUGAUUGUGAAUAUGAUUUGAGACAACUAGAAUAUGGGAGGGAACUUGAUGAAGUUGGUCCUCUCAUUAGGCUACCGUAUCUCGAAUUUCAUCACAAUAGUAAUUCUUAUAGUAACGGAUACAAGAAUGGUUAUGGUUACGAAACACCAAAUGAAUGGGGCUAUCAUCCUGCUGAAAUUGAACCAAGUGGAAUCGGGCUUUUUGAAUAUCAAGAGGAUGAACAUGCUGCAAAUGUAGACAUAAGCAUCAAGGGGAAGAUGGGAAAUGAUGGUGGUAUCUUUUUGAGACUUCGGAUUGUCGAUAAAGAAGGUCGUAUUAGAAACAUAUAUUUCCCAUUUGAUGUUGAAACUGAUACAGCAUUGAGUGUUGCUACUGAAAUGGUUUCAGAAUUGGAUAUCACUGACCAAGAUGUGACUAAAAUAGCCGAUAUGAUCGAUGGAGAAAUUGCUUCCUUAGUACCUGGUUGGAGACGAGGGCCGGGAAUUGAUGAAUCACCGCGCUUUUCGAAUCAGAACUUUUGUCACAAUUGUGCUUCGAACCGUACAUCUACCGGCUCCCUCUUAGAUUUUUUGACACAUAAUGGAGGUGUCAAAGACUCGCGAGUUCUUCAGUGUUGUAGAACUGGAUGUGCUUCAAUGCAUGGCCGGUUUGAAGAGAUUACUUUUCAAGUUGAGGAAUCCGAGCAUUGUGUGACAGAUGGUGCACCGAACGAGUCAAGCCAGUCGGACAAUUUGCAUUACCAGGAAAUAUGGGAUCAGCACGAAAAUCAUGAACUUAGACAGAGAAAUUCAGACAAAGAGUUUGAUAAAUCAGAUCAAUCAUUCUUGGCAAAUGGUGAUAAAGAAGUUAGAGAAGAAAAGAAAAUCCAAUCUCCUAACAGAAAUUCAAUCCAAUGUUUGACAAGCUCUCGGUCUUUCUCUGAAGUUCAUUCAUUAUACUGUGAUCUCUCCGACAAUUACGAGAAUGAAGUCCAACAGGAACUGAGAUGGCUUAAAGCAAAGUACCAGAUGGAAUUAAGAGAACUUAGAGAUCAACAACAAUUAGGAAUUGUAUCAGACUCUUCAAACUGCAGUAACAAAGACAAGAACAGAAACAAUGACAUUCCGCCAUUAUCGACUUUUGCCCCUAACAAGCAUUUUAACUCAGAUUUCCAUUACAAUAAGAAUAAGAGGUGCCCCGAUUCAGCUAACCGAGGGGGCCGGUAUCACAAACCGGCAGAAUCUCCAAGAGUUAAGGAGAUGGUCACUGCUCAAAAUUUCUGUACUGGAUCACUGCUUCCACAAUCUCUUCAUAGAACAAUUUCCCUUCCAGUUGAUGCUGUUGAUAUAUAAUGUAAGACUCUGCAUUCUUUUGAACAUUUCUCUACAUUUUUAGAGGCUGAAAUAAUAUGAAAUCAACCCCUUUUUAUUUUUUGGUCCA